AUGAAUUCGUCACAAAAUCAAUCUAAAGCGUGGCGAUACUUCAAAAAACAAAAUAACGGACAAACUGUGACCUGUAAACUAUCUACGAAGAAGAAUACGUCGACAAUAGAAGAGUACGAAUAUGAUGACGAGAAUGAUGACUCAGAAGGCGUAGAAUAUUACGAUUCCAGAGAGCAUAACGGUGAUACUUUUGGAAACGAUUUGGCCCAAAUAAUGAAACAUUAA